GAGUUUAAUGAGCUCGUCAACAUGAGCGCAGGGGAUUUAAAGGACUGGCUGGGGAAGGAUGAAUCCACGGGCGCGGGUUGGAGCAAGGACGACGGAUCGGGCGAAACGAUCGGCCACGAGAGCGGGCGCAAGAUCAUAAAGAUCCUCGAGAAGAACCCGGAGAAGGACCCAGACGGGUACGAUCAGGAGGACAUUGACCAUAUGCGCCGAGUGGUAGCUUACUGUAAACGGCACCUCGCGCAAGAGUCCACGGCCAAGCAGAAUCCGGACAGCAAGUCGGCCAAGUCGCUGAAGAACUGGGGCCACGAUCCACAAAAGGCGUAG